AUGCUUUCCUUUUUUUACCUUUGUUUUUAUUUCUUUCUUUCCUUCAUUCUUUCUUUCGUUUCUCCUUCUUUCUUUCUUUCUUUCGUUUUUCAUUAUUUAUCCCACCUUUUCCUUUUUUUUCUUUAUUUUACUUUAUUUACUUCUCCCUUCCGUCUUUCUUUCUUCAUCCCACGCUUCCGAUUUCUUUCAUUCUUUCUUUCGCUUAUUCUUUCUUUCGUUUCUCUUUCUUUCUUUUUUAUCAUCUUUAUUUCGUUGGGUUUUUCCUCGUUCUUUUUCCCCGUCUCUCUCUCUCUCUCUCUCUCUCUCUCUCUCACACACCUUCUCUUUCUUCCUCUUUCACUCACCAACACUCUCUGUAUUUCUUUCUUUCAUUCCCUCUGUUUCUUAUCUGUCUAUCUAUCUUAUUUUCUCUUCCAAUAUACUCGCCCUUUCAGCCUGUUUUUGUUUGUUUUGUUGUUUUUUGGGGGUUUUUUUCUCUCUUGCCUUUUUUCUUUCUCUCUCCAAAAAAAAACAAAUUCUCUCUUGUUAAUGUCAGUUCUCUCACUUACUUGUCGCCUCUGGCUGAUUGGUUUCUGUUUAUAA